AAAAAAAUGUAUGGAAAAUAAACAGUGGUCGGAAACUGUUAAGUCUGAUAAAAAAAUCUCUGAUCUUCUGUUACGCCGACUGUAUUCCUUCAUGUUGGAGUAUGGAAGCAUUAGCAUCAUUAAGAGAUUGGUUAAUCAGAGCCAAGGAGAGGUCAAACAAAUCAGGAGCUCCAUUUGUAGUUAUAAAGAGUUACAUACAUUUUAGAUUGUAAAAAUAUAUGUAUAUACUCAUGUUUAUAAGUAUUUACACCUGGCGUUUUUAUUCCAAUAUGUAUAAAUAGACAGCUCUUGAAGCUAACUUAAAAAAUGUUUAGUCAUUA